AGCUCCUGGCCUGUCAUUCAUUAAAUGCCAUGUAAGUAUUAGCGAUUCCUAUAUCAUUAGGUGUGUGAGCGAGCUGGUACACAUGUGUGUACACAUGUCUACAUAAGGGUUUGUCCAGGCCUCCAGGACGUGGUGGCUUCCUGGCCAGCCCUGCUGUCCGUUGUCUGGUUCUGAUAUCUUCUCCCCUCCAGGCCCAGGUGACGGGCAGAGCAAAGGAGGAAUGGACUGUGGGCCGCCUGCCACCCUCCAGCCCCACCUGGCUGGACCACCUGGUACUGCCUGCCACCCAGUAGCUGUGUGCCAGCAGGAGAGUCUGUCCUUUGUGGAGUUGCCCGCCCUGCAGCCCCCAAGCUCUGUGUGUCUGGAUCUCUUCCCUGUCACCCCAGAGGAGCUGCAGGCUCCUGGCAGCCGCUGGUCCCUGGGGACCCCUGCUCCUCUCCAAGGGCUGCUAUGGUCACCGUCCCCAGGAGUCCCAGACACCGAGAUCUCUCCCAGUGGGGGGAUGCGGCCCAGCAGGGCUGGCAGCUGGCCACACUGUCCUAGUGCCCAGCCCCCACCUCUGGAGGGACCCUGGGGUCCCCAGCACCCACAGCCUCAGCGCCGAGCCAGCCAUGGCUCGGAGAAGAAGUCAGCCUGGCGCAAGAUGCGGGUGUACCAGAGCGAAGAGGCCCCUGGCAGCGCCGAGGCCCACGCUGUCUUCCUGGAGCCUGGCCAGGUGGCAGAGCCGCCUCUGAGCACAGAGGAGCCUCGGCCUCUAGAGCUGGCGGGGCCCACCCGAGGGGGCCUGGAGGGGCCCGAGCGGAGGCGCUUCUCGGCCUCUGAGCUGAUGACCCGGCUGCACUCUUCCCUGCGCCUGGGGCGCCACUCCGCAGCCAGAGCGCUGGCCCAAGGGGCAGGCGCUGGAGCAGCCCGGGAAGGCCGGGGCGCACGCGGCGGAGCCCCGACGUUCUCUCUCUCUAGGCUGGAAUCGCAGGAAGAGCCGGCUCAGGGUUCCAGAAGCGCCAGCGAGCGACGACAGUCACGGUUCCUCCUUAACUGUACGCAGGAGGGGGCCGUGGAGGAAGGGGCUGCGGGUCCGGGGAAGCCGGGAAGCUGGGGUUCCGAGAGGGUGCGGGGCAGCGGCGUCCUGGCCACGCUGAGCCUGCGCGACUGCAAACUGCAGGAGGCCAAGUUUGAGCUGAUCACGUCCGAGGCCUCAUACAUCCACAGCCUGUCGGUGGCCGUAGGCCACUUCCUGGGCUCAGCUGAGUUGAGUGAGUGUCUGGGGACGCAGGACAAGCAGUGGCUGUUCUCCAAACUGCCCGAGGUCAAGAGCACCAGCGAGAGGUUCCUGCAGGACCUGGAGCAGCGACUGGAGGCGGAUGUCCUGCGCUUCAGCGUGUGUGACAUUGUGUUGCAUCACUGCCCUGCCUUCCGCCGAGUCUACCUGCCCUACGUCACCAACCAGGCCUACCAGGAGCGCACCUACCAGCGCCUGCUCCUGGAGAACCCCAAGUUCCCUGGCAUCCUGGCUCGCCUAGAGGAGUCUCCCGUGUGCCAACGCCUGCCCCUCACCUCCUUCCUCAUCCUGCCCUUCCAGAGGAUCACCCGCCUCAAGAUGCUGGUGGAGAACAUUCUGAAGCGGACGGCACAGGGCUCUGAAGACGAAGACAUGGCCACCAAGGCCUUCAAUGCGCUCAAGGAGCUGGUGCAAGAAUGCAACGCCAGUGUGCAGUCCAUGAAGAGGACGGAGGAGCUCAUCCACCUGAGCAAGAAGAUCCACUUUGAGGGCAAGAUCUUCCCACUGAUCUCCCAGGCCCGCUGGCUGGUGCGGCACGGGGAGCUGGUGGAGCUGGCCCCGCUGCCCGCGGCGCCCCCGGCCAAGCUGAAGCUGUCCAGCAAGGCGGUCUACCUGCACCUCUUCAAUGACUGCUUGCUUCUCUCCCGACGGAAGGAGCUGGGCAAGUUUGCCGUUUUUGUCCACGCCAAGAUGGCCGAGCUGCAGGUGAAGGACCUGAGCCUGAAGCCCCAGGGCAUCCCUGGCCACGUGUUCCUCCUUCAGCUCCUGCACGGGCAGCACACAAAGCACCAGUUCCUGCUGAGAGCCCGCACGGAAAGUGAGAAGCAGCGGUGGAUCUCUGCCAUGUGCCCCUCCAGCCCCCAGGAAGACAAGGAGGUCAUCAGCGAGGGGGAAGACCGCCCCCAGGUUCAGUGUGUCCGGACGUACAAGGCCCUGCAGCCGGAUGAGCUGACCUUGGAGAAGACUGACAUCCUGGCAGUGAGGACCCGGACCAGUGAUGGCUGGCUGGAGGGCGUCCGCCUGGCAGACGGCGAGAAGGGGUGGGUGCCCCAGGCCUACGUGGAAGAGAUCAGCAGCCUCAGUGCCCGCCUCCGAAACCUCCGGGAGAAUAAGCGGAUCACGAGUGCCACCAGCAAACUGGGGGAGCCCCCUGCCUGAUGAGCAGCUGUGGCCGGGACCCCAGCUCCGUGCCCGCUCCGGGACAGGUCCGGGGGGACCUGCAGUGUCUCCGUUCCCCAAGCCUCUGCUGCUGAGACUUCUGCUCUGUGGCCCGGCAUCGAGGGGACAGCUGUUCCCUUGCUUCUCAGUGUCCGCUCUUCAGGGCCGAGGGCGGUUCCUUCCGCUGGCUGGGGGCCGCAACAAGGGGCUUCUGAUAUCUGGCAAGGAUUGGGGCCCUCUGUCUUCCGUGUCCUUGACCCUGCCUGACUCUUGGUCCCUUCACCGGGGGCCUGGCAGGGAAAGGCUCUGGUACUAAUGGGUCCUGCAGCCUGUGUAUCUGGGGUCUUCUGGCCACAGCCUGCGUGGGUCCUGGUUGUGACUUGUCUGUAAAUAAACUCCCAUCAUGCCUUU